AUGAAAGUCCCACCAGAAAAACCAUCAAAUAUUGGUACAUUUUCACCUCAACAAGGUUAUUCGACCGACGUACACGUCAAGACUCACAAAUAUUCAGAUAAACCAACCCCGAUUUCUCCCAAUCAAAACAAAGCGUAUGGCUACGUCGCAGACCACUUAGAUAGUGAUCAUAGGAAGAAAUACGCAAAAGAGGGUGGCAAAAAGUUGUUUGAUAUAUUGCUCGGCAUUAUAUGUAGAUAA